UGUUUUGACAGGGACAACUGUGGUGUAGACGAGAGGUGAGGUUGAUCAUCUUGUCCUCACACAGAGUAGCUUGCUGGACGGAUUCCUGGACACCCACUAACUCCCACUGGUUUUAUUUAGGUUCGUCGAAGCAAAGAAAGAAAGAAAAAAAUAAAAUCAUUUGAUGACAAAGACGACUGAAAGGAGAUGUGUGCUGCUCUGUAUGUCCUGUCAACGGUAACGGGCUACGUGCUCACCUCUGCCCUGCUGAUGAAAUGCCCAAAUCUUUUGCACCGGAAGAAGCGGGAGACUUUUCGCAGCCGGCACAUUUCCCAUCGCGGAGGAGCAGGUGAAAACCUGGAAAACACCAUGGCAGCUUUCAAGCACGCGGUGGAUCUUGGCACAGACAUGCUGGAGUUGGACUGCCACCUGACGAAGGAUGAAGAGGUAGUGGUGUCACAUGAUGCCAGCUUGCAGAGGGCCUCUGGCAUCAACGCCCACAUCUCCAACAUGUGCUACGCUGAGCUCCCUCCAUACCUCUGUAAGCUGGGUGUAACUUUUCAGAGAGAGUGUUUCUGUGAGGGGGGAGAGGACAAACGCAUCCCUCUCCUCAGGGACGUUUUUGAUGCGUUCCCCAAUACCCCCGUCAACAUUGACAUCAAGGUCAACAAUGACAAGCUCAUCAAGAAGGUCUCUGAGCUGAUUGUAAAGUACGACAGAGAGCAUUUGACCGUCUGGGGCAACGCCAACAACAAGAUUGUGAAGAAGUGCCACAGAGAGAACCCGCGCAUUCCAGUGUUGUUCAGCCUUCCCAGAGUAUUGCAGCUGUUAGGCCUCUUCUACACUGGCCUUCUGCCUUUCGUUCCCCUCAAGGAGCAGUUUCUGGAGAUCCCCAUGCCCUCUAUAAUCACCAAAGUAAGGGAUCCCAGCAGAUUAACAAGGAGUCAGCGACUCAUCGCCUGGAUGGCAGACACUUUGCUGAUGAGGAAAGCUCUGUUUGAUCAUUUAACUGCCAGAGGAAUACAGGUGUACAUCUGGGUGCUGAACGACGAGGAGGACUUCCAGAGGGCAUUUGACUUGGGAGCCACAGGAGUUAUGACAGAUUUCCCCACCAGGCUUAAAGACUUCUUAGACAGGGAUGGUAUUUCUGAGCCCCAGUGACCUGCCAAAAUCUACCUCACCCUUCAACCUGACUGACCUGCCAAAACCAGCCACUGCAUGCAUUCCAGCAGGGCUGCUUUCACAUUGUGUUUCCCAGCUCUGUACGCUGCAGUGGCUUGUGGAACCAGCUGUUGUAUUGGUGACCAAAACCUCACAUUUUAAUCACUCACAUAACAUACUCCUAAAGGACACACACCACAUCUGUUUGAUAUCAUCAUCUCCAUUUAGUUGUGUUCUUUGCAGGUUCAUUGUUCCCCUGCUAGAUAUCCGCUUGCACACAUGAUCAGUGUGACAAUUCUAUGUGUAACCACACUAUCUUUUUAAAAAGAAGGGAAACUAAAAAUUCAGCGCUUAUCUCCACAUGGCUCUCACAACAUCUGGGUAGUGUGAUAACCAGCAGUCUAGCCAUUGUUGUUUUGUGCUGGGUACAGCCUCUCAUGUUGUACCCAGUUCUCUUUUUACAUCCAUGGUGGGGACAGCAUUAUUAGCGGUAACCGCACUGUGAGCGCAGAGCAGCAGCGAACAGAUAGCCAGUGUUGCGCACACACACACGCGCACACACUAGGGCUCACACGCACACGCGGCAGGACCGGCUAGGUAAACAAAGCACGAAGAAAUGUCAAAUCUAGCACCUUAAAGUUAAAACACCAGGAGAUGCAGUGCGAUGUGAAUUUGCAAGCAGCUUAUCUUUUCUUUCUUGCAAUCUAAAUUUCACUAAGCACAUGCAAUAAUACACUAAUCUAAGAAGUUCUGAGAUUUAAAAAAAACAUAUGCUAGAACAUAUAAAACAUGGUUACUUGUCAUUAAUAACAGCGUGCAGAACACAAGUCCUCGGCUACAUCGAGUUUCAAAGGACUCGGGAGGGUUGUGUCGCUGCUCCAUAUUGACAAUUCAAAGGCACAUUGGGUUGAACUGUAGAGUUUUCUACCAUGUAUAUGGUGUUUUUAAAAAAGACAAUGUGGUAUGUUUAUGUGUAGUUGGGUAGUCUCUUACAUUUUCCUCUGAAAGGAAAUUGCUGCAACUGACUUUUUUUAAGAGAGACAUUUUGCGAAAAAUGAAACACUUUUUGUUUAUUAUACUGAUUAGUUGCACUGUUUUCUACUAUGUUCUGUGAUCAGAUAUUUAAGAAAUAUGAUUUUUUUAAUGUAUGGGCUUCAAAAAGUAUUGGAAAUCCAGUAGAAACUCCGAUACAUAAGCAGCGCUUUAGCAAUCCCUCGCUGUGGGUGUCACAGUAUGAAAAUGUAAAUAUUGUGAGGUUUAUCAUACCACUGAUGUUCUGUUAUCCAGACUCGUGACCACACAGGGUCAAUGAUGAAUGUAGUUUUGGUUGAAUGUACUGUCUAUUGUUCGGUAUUUUACUGUCAAAACAGUAUUGCCGUUUUAUUUCCUUUAGUUUGUUGUUGGGCAUUUCGUAUUAGUGCUGUCACAGAGUGGAGUGAAAUCUGCACAGUUGUUCGUCUGAUUUUUGGUUUUGAGAACACUUCCAAAAUCAUUGUGAUCUACAAAUCAUAUUACAUAUCUUACAUUAAUGAAUUAGUGGCUAUUUUGAUGUAAUUAUGUGUUGUACUCGGUGUGCGUUGGUUUUGCAUGCCUAAAUGAAUAUAUGUGUUAUUCUUUGUGGGAUCUGGCUGCCCAUCAAAGUGCCUUUUCCUACAAGGAGUAUGUUGUUUGAUUUGAUGAGAUUAUUGAAAUUUUUUUAAUUAAUAAACAUAAAAAUGGUGUUAUA